UUGAGAAAGAAACUAAUUUAGUGGGCUUUCCUUCCCACCUACCAUGCUACUCUAUUUUCUCCAGUUCUAACUUUCUUUUCUUUUCAAUCAAGAAAUCAAAUUAGAUGGAGAAUUCAUCAAGUAUGUCGGUGGAAUACUGGGUGCGGUGGCAAGUGCUUGUUUGUGCCCUCAUUUUCAUCCUCCCGACGGCGAUCGCAGUCGUCUUCCUCCGUAAGAGGGGCGAAAGUGGCGUGAGAGGAACAUUGAAGCCGGCGGAUCUGUGGGACCCAUGCUGGAGGAAUCUACAUCCUCGAUGGCUUCUAUAUUACCGUGCUUUCGCCUUUGUUGCCAUGGCUUUCUUUCUUUAUCAGACAGUCGCUGCCUUCGGAUUCUUCGUCUUCUUUUUCUACACCCAGUGGAGUUUUGCGUUGGUCAUGGUCUACUUUGCACUUGCUACCAUUGUAUCUAUACGGGGAUGUAGGAUUCAUGGGAUUAGACCAACUCAGAACGGUGAGAGAGAUAAAUUUCUUAACAACAAUUCAGAAGAAAUUAACCAUGGAACAACUUCACCGUCCAAAGACAAGGAAAACAAGUUUGAACUUCAUCGGAACCAGACUCCUAUUAUCGAGCAACUUCGGUUUUUGGAUAAUCUUUUGCUGAUUGUUUAUCAGACAUGUGCAGGUGCUGUUAUGCUUACGGAUAUAGUAUUUUGGUGUCUUUUGCUGCCAUUCAUGACCGGUGAUAAUUUUAAGCUCACUUUGUUGAUUGGAUGCAUGCACUCUGUAAAUGCUGUUUUUCUUAUCAUUGAAUCCGCUCUCAGUCGCAUGCCAUUUACGUGGUUUGGUCUCAUCUACUUUGUGAUGUGGAGCUGUGCUUAUGUUGUUUUCCAGUGGGUUCUUCAUGCCUGUUGCUUCACAUGGUGGCCGUAUCCAUUUCUUGAUCUUUCAACUCCAUGGGCACCUUUAUGGUAUUUGGCUCUGGCAUUGGUUCAUAUUCCAUGCUAUGGACUGUAUAUGCUGCUUAUGAAAGCAAAAUACACAGCCCUCUCAGGAAUGUUUCCCCAUGCCUUUGUGAGGGUUUCAACACAGAAGAAAAAUGUUUAGGCGUUUUUGGACAUUCGAUUAGUCAAGUUUACAUGUAUAACCUUACAAAGCUCCCAUACCAUAUUAGAUGGGAGAUUAUAAUCUAUUUAAAACAUCCUUGUCAACUCAAGCGAAAAACUGAUCGAGAUUAAAAUGAAUAAUCCAAACAGUGUUUUGACACUGGAUUCUUCAACAA